AUGGGGGCGAAGCGCAGCGAGUACGAUGCGGGGAAACGGGAGGGGGGCAAGAAGCACAACUACGGCCACGAAGAAAUGAACGGAGGGACUCUCGGAGGGGCCCACGGAUGGGGCCGCCUGGGCGGGGAAGUGCAGUACGACCUGGAGAUAGAGACCCACCUGGAGGAGGAGGACUCGGCGAACCGGGUGGGAAGUGGCCCAGUCGGCACAGUCGCCCCUGUCAGCGGAGCCCGACGGAACCACAUAAACGUGGGCACCCUGAAGGAUGAAGUGGUGCAAAACGACCUGAACAAUGACCACCUUGAUGAUGAAGCCCUCGGGUUGGUAAAAGAUAAAUCCAUUAAAAGGAGAGAAAAUGAAUUUCAGCGGAGGAAAUACGACUACAUGUUAUCUCCUGGGAGGGCCGACCCCUUCGGAGAGAAGAGCCCCUCCCCCGGGGAGAGAACCUACGCAGAUGUGAUGAUGGGUAUUAACAAUGAGAGCCACAAGAGGAAGCUCGCCAGUAGCGCUUCCAGCAGUGCUGCGAAGGGGGCUGCCAAGGAGGCUGACGCGGGGGGGAAUAGAAAGAUGAGGUGGGGGGUUGCGGAAGGCGACGGCGCGGGGAGGGAGUCUGGCGAGGUUGCCACGUCAAGCAGAGCAAACGAAGGGGUAAAAAAGGAGCAGGGCAAAAGUAAGUGGGACGUCUUAUCCGAAGAGGAGAGCAAGUCCACCAGCUUUGGCAACAUGCCUACGCCCGCCCCGGCCAAGUGGGUGGACACGCCGCUCGUCCUGAACGACGGGGGUGCAGUGAAGAGGAAGAAAAUCUCCAGGUGGGACAAAGUCGGCGAGGGGACCACCGCGUCGGCGGCGGAUGGGCUCGCCCAGAGUGACCUGAUGAAAACGCCCAGAGUGGUAGCCGCUGGAGGGGUGGCCCUUGGCGGGAUGGCUGCUGGCGGGAUGGCGGCUGGCGGGGCGACCCCCGGCGGCCUGCUCAAAACGCCCUACCUCGUGCCGGGAAGUGGCAACUUCGUCAACACGCCCUACGUGGUGAACCAGUUGGGCAACGCCCCGGCAAUGUUCACGCCGAUGAUGACCCCGGGAGUGGCUUCCCUGGCUACGGACUCUAUAAUAAGAAUGAAAAUAAAAAACGAAAUGGAGAUCCGAAACAGGCCUCUAACGGAUGAGGACCUGGACGAGCUGCUCCCCUCCGAAGGGUAUGAAAUUGUGCAGCCCCCAGAGGAGUACGAGGCGAUAAGGAGGAAUAAGUUAAAAGCGUUUUUUAAGACCGUGGCGAGCGCGGCGGGGACUCCCCUUCUGGUGGGAAGUGGAGCCACUGGAGUGGCCACCUCUCUGCAGGGGGACAAAACGGGUGAGCACCCCCCAGGAGGGUUGCAAACCCUGUAUGCAAAUAACAGCAGGAUGGAUGGCACUCUGCUUAGCGGGACGCCCUUCUACGAACUCCCCACCGCGACGGCAACGCAGCUGAAGGACGCAGAGGGGGGAGGGGACGCACAGACUCUCCUACAGAGUAGACAGCUAGAAAUUACCAACCCACAGUUGUUAAGCGAGUUAAAAUAUGUUCAGCUCAAAAGUGAAGACUUCAUAUACUUCAGUAAGCUCUUCCAAACAGUCGACGAGAGUGACCUAUCCCAGGAUGAGUUGAAGGAGAGGAAGCUCAUGAUUCUUCUUCUGAAGAUAAAGAAUGGCACCCCUUCUGUUAGAAGGACAGCUCUCCGGGCCAUCACAGAUAAGGUGAAGGAACUAGGCCCAGAAACGCUAUUCAAUUUGAUUCUCCCCCUAAUGAUGCAUAAUACAUUGGAAGACCAGGAGAGACAUCUCCUCGUGAAAGUGAUCGACCGGAUUCUGUUCAAACUGGAUGACCUAGUCAGACCGUAUGUUCAUAAAAUUCUGGUGGUCAUCGAACCGUUGCUAAUAGAUGAGGAUUACUACGCCCGAGUGGAGGGGAGAGAAAUUAUAAGUAACUUAGCCAAAGCAGCGGGGCUAGCCACGAUGAUUGGAAUUAUGAGGCCAGAUAUAGAUCACCCGGAUGAGUACGUUAGGAAUACCACCGCAAGAGCGUUCGCUGUAGUCGCGUCGGCGCUGGGCAUUCCCUCUUUGAUUUUAUUUCUGAAGGCUGUCUGUCAAUCUAAGAAGAAUUGGGAGGCCAGACACACAGGGAUAAAGAUUGUGCAGCAGAUUGCCAUCCUGAUGGGUUGUGCUGUGUUGCCUCACCUGAGGCAGCUCGUUUCGAUCGUAGCACAUGGGUUGCAUGACGAGCAGCAGAAGGUGAAGACCAUCACUGCGCUCGCCAUAGCCGCGUUAGCAGAAGCAGCGGCACCGUAUGGAAUUGAAGCGUUUGACUCGGUGCUGAGACCUCUUUGGAAGGGCAUCACAGAACACAGGGGUAAAGUCUUGGCAGCGUUUUUAAAAGCCAUCGGGUUGAUCAUCCCGCUGAUGGACCCCUACCAUGCGAGUUACUACACGAGGGAGGUGAUGGUGAUCCUCAUAAAUGAGUUCAACUCCCCAGAUGAGGAAAUGAAAAAAGUGGUUCUAAAGUGCGUCAAGCAGUGCAUCCAAACGGAGGGCAUCGAAAGGGAUUACAUCAACCAAGAAGUGGUGAACCCAUUUUUUGAGAAAUUUUGGGUUCUAAGAAGUAGCCAUGAUAAGCGGAAUCUGCAUCUGAUAGUCGAAACGACGGUGGAGAUUUCCAACAAAAUAGGAGGAGCAGUGGUCAUUGCGAGGAUCGUGGACGACUUGAAGGACCCCUCUGAGCAGUUUAGGAAAAUGGUCAUGCAGACCAUCCAGAGUAUCGUAAACAACCAGGGGGUUGAUGACAUAGACCAGACGUUAGAGGAGCAGCUGAUCGAUGGGAUUCUCUACGCCUUUCAGGAGCAGGCCUCGGAAGAUUACUACGUUUUGCUGAACUCGUUUGACGCCAUUGUGAAUAAGCUGCAGAUUCGGAUGAAGCCGUAUCUGCCCCAAAUCGCGGGGAUCAUCCGGUGGAGACUGAAUACGCCUCUUCCCAAAAUUAGACAGCAGAGUGCAGAGCUCAUCGCCAGAAUUGCCAACCUGAUGCACCUCUGUGAGGAGCACCAAAUGUUGGGCCAUCUAGCUCUCUACCUGUAUGAGUACCUGGGGGAGGAGUACCCAGAAGUGUUAGGGAACAUCAUCGGCGCGUUGAAAUCCAUUGUAGUCGUUUUGGGCGUGCAGAACAUGACUCCACCGAUAAAGGACCUCCUCCCGAGGGUAACUCCCAUUUUGAAGAAUCGUCAUGAGAAGGUGCAAGAAAAUGUCAUCGACUUGAUUGGCAUCAUUGCAGACAAAGGAGGAGACUUAGUCUCUCCCAAGGAAUGGGACCGCAUCUGCUUCGACCUAAUUGAAUUAUUAAAAUCGAAUAAGAAACUAAUCAGGAGAGCAACUAUCCAGACGUUUGGCUACAUCGCCAGGACGAUCGGACCCUUCGAAGUGUUAACAGUUCUACUGAACAAUUUACGUGUCCAGGAGAGACAACUAAGAGUGUGCACCACCGUUGCCAUCGCGAUAGUCGCGGACACAUGUCUCCCCUACUCCGUCCUAGCAGCUCUGAUGAAUGAAUAUAGAACGCAAGACCUCAAUGUGCAGAAUGGCGUGUUGAAAGCGCUCUCCUUUAUGUUUGAGUACAUCGGGGAGAUAGCCAAGGAUUACGUGUACGCAGUGGUGCCCCUACUGGAACACGCCCUCAUGGACAGAGACCUAGUGCACAGACAGAUUGCCACCUGGGCUUGCAAGCACUUAGCACUAGGCUGCUUUGGACUCAACAGAGAGGACGCACUCAUCCAUCUGCUCAACUACGUGUGGCCAAAUAUUUUUGAAACCUCUCCCCAUCUGAUACAAGCCGUCAUUGACUCCAUCGAUGGGUUCAGGGUGGCCCUCGGGCCAGCCAUCAUCUUCCAGUACCUCGUGCAGGGCAUCUUCCACCCCUCCAGGAAGGUGCGCGAAAUUUAUUGGAAAAUUUAUAACAACGUUUAUAUCGGCCACCAGGACAGCCUCGUCCCGGUCUACCCCCCCUUCGAGCGCCUCGCCGACAGCAACUUCGCGCGCGACGAGCUGCGCUACACGCUGUGA